UAUUAUUAUUAGUUUUGGGGUUUCAAGCUAAACAUUUUUUUUUUUUUUUUUCGGGUUAGGGUUAGAGUUUUCGUCUUCUAGAUUUUCCGAUUCAAAUAUCUGCGAGCAGAUUGUUAUAUGUUUUCAGAAACCCUUACAGCCCCUAGAAUUUUUAUCUGAAGUUUCAACAAGUAGAUUGUUAGGGUUUUUCUUUCAAGAGUGAAACUCAGUUUGGAGUAUCGUGAAACUUUACAAACCCUAAAAUUUCUCUCUGAAGCUUCGACAAUGUCCGUGGACGCCCAAAACGAUGGUCUCAAGAAGCUCGAGUACCUUUCUCUGGUUUCGAAGGUUUGCACGGAGCUGGAAACUCAUCUCGGGGUCGGGGACAAGGUUUUGGCGGAAUUCAUCACCGACAUGGGUCGAAAGUGCGAAACUGUUGAUGAAUUCGAUUCCAAAUUGAAGGAGAAUGGCGCGGAAAUGCCGGAUUACUUUGUGAGGACUCUGUUAACUAUAAUUCAUGCCAUUCUUCCGCCGAAGCCCAAGUCGGAUGAUAAGGGAAUGAAGAAGGAUGGCGGUGAUGGUAAGAAAUCGAAGUUUCCGGCGUUAGGGAUCGGGGACAGUAAGGAGAGAGUGAGGGAACUUGAGCGAGAGAUUGAAAUAGAAAGCCGGGAUCGGCGCCGAGAGGAGGAAGAAGCGAAGCACAGGGAUGAAAGAAAUAGAGAUAGAGACGGAGAUAGGGAGAGAGAUGAUAGAAGAGAGAGGCAUAGGGAGAGAAAUGAUAGGAGUGAGAGGCAUAGGGAAAGAGAUGAUAGGAAUGAGAGGCAUAGGGAGAGAGCUGAUAGGAGUGAGAGGCAUAGGGAGAGAGAUGAUGGGAGUGAGAGGGGUAGAGGGAGGGAAGAUGAUGAUUAUGAUGAUAAGAAUGAUUACAGGGGUCGUGGAAGGCACCGGGAUCGAUAUGAGAAGCAUAGGAGAGAUGGGUAUGAAGAGAAUGGUGAUAAUAGGGAGGGUGGUGAAGAUGGGGGGGAUAGGAGGGGCGAUAGGGAUAGGAGAAACGGAAGGUAUCACUCAGAUGAGCCAGAAUUGUAUAACGUAUAUAAGGGGAGGGUUUCAAGAGUGAUGGACACUGGUUGCUUUGUGCAGCUGAAUGAUUUGAAGGGGAAAGAGGGUUUGGUGCAUGUUUCUCAGAUUGCGACUCGGAGGGUGGGUAAUGCAAAAGAUGUGGUGAAGAGGGAUCAGGAGGUUUAUGUUAAGGUGAUCUCUGUUUCGGGUCAGAAGCUGAGUCUUUCUAUGAGGGAUGUUGAUCAGAAUACUGGGAGAGAUUUGAUUCCUUUGAAAAAGAGCUUGGAGGAUGAUGCUUUGAGAACGAACCCUUCAGGUGCAAACCAGGGGCCUGUGAGUAGGACUGGUCUUUCAGGAAUAAGGAUUGUAGAAGAGAAUGAUGCUGCCCCAUCAAGGCGACCAUUGAAACGGAUGAGUUCUCCAGAGAAAUGGGAAGCAAAACAGUUGAUUGCUUCAGGGGUUCUGGAUAUUAGGGAGUUUCCUAUGUAUGAUGACGAAGGAGAUGGCAUGCUUUAUCAAGAAGAGGGUGCUGAGGAGGAGCUUGAGAUUGAGAUGAAUGAAGAUGAACCGGCCUUUUUGCAAGGGCAGAGUCGAUACUCUAUGGACAUGUCUCCUGUGAAGAUCUUCAAGAAUCCAGAGGGGUCCUUGAGUCGAGCUGCUGCCCUUCAGUCAGCUCUCAUAAAGGAACGAAGAGAAGUACGGGAACAGCAGCAGAGAACAAUGCUUGAUUCUAUUCCUAAAGAUCUCAAUCGUCCCUGGGAAGACCCAAUGCCUGAGACAGGUGAGAGGCAUCUUGCUCAGGAGCUGAGGGGUGUUGGUUUAUCAGCCUAUGAUAUGCCUGAAUGGAAGAAGGAUGCUUUUGGAAAAGCCCUGACUUUUGGCCAAAGAUCAAAACUCUCCAUCCAGGAGCAGAGACAAAGCUUGCCUAUCUACAAGUUGAAGAAGGAACUUGUUCAGGCUGUGCAUGAUAAUCAGGUUCUUGUAGUCAUUGGUGAGACUGGUUCUGGCAAGACAACACAAGUAACACAGUAUCUAGCUGAAGCAGGUUACACUACCAGGGGUAAGAUUGGAUGUACCCAACCCCGUAGAGUGGCUGCAAUGUCUGUGGCAAAGAGGGUUGCUGAAGAGUUUGGUUGUCGUUUAGGAGAGGAAGUUGGGUAUGCUAUUCGGUUUGAGGAUUGUACUGGUCCAGAUACUGUCAUCAAGUACAUGACUGAUGGCAUGCUUCUCAGGGAGAUUCUGAUUGAUGACAAUCUUUCUCAAUAUUCUGUAAUUAUGCUUGACGAAGCUCAUGAGAGGACGAUCCACACUGAUGUCCUUUUUGGAUUGCUGAAGCACCUUGUGAAACGGAGGCCUGAUCUUCGCUUGAUUGUCACAUCUGCCACAUUGGAUGCAGAGAAAUUUUCAGGGUAUUUCUUCAACUGCAACAUCUUUACCAUCCCUGGAAGAACUUUUCCUGUGGAGAUACUCUACACCAAACAACCUGAAAGCGAUUACCUAGAUGCAUCUUUGAUUACUGUCCUCCAAAUUCAUUUGACAGAACCAGAAGGAGACAUCCUCCUCUUCUUGACUGGUCAGGAGGAGAUUGAUCAUGCAUGCCAGUCUCUUUACGAGAGGAUGAAAGGGCUAGGUAAAAAUGUUCCCGAACUCAUUAUUUUACCAGUCUAUAGUGCCCUUCCUAGUGAAAUGCAGUCGAGGAUUUUUGACCCUGCUCCUCCAGGGAAGAGGAAAGUGGUUGUGGCUACCAACAUUGCUGAGGCUUCUUUAACCAUUGAUGGCAUCUUUUAUGUCAUUGAUCCUGGUUUUGCGAAGCAAAAUGUCUACAACCCCAAACAAGGGCUUGAUUCCUUGGUCAUAACACCUAUUUCACAAGCAUCAGCCAAACAACGAGCUGGGCGUGCUGGACGUACAGGACCUGGAAAAUGCUAUCGCCUUUACACUGAGAGUGCUUAUCGGAAUGAGAUGUCCCCAACCUCAGUUCCAGAGAUACAAAGGAUAAAUCUUGGGCUUACUACGCUUACGAUGAAAGCAAUGGGGAUAAAUGAUCUUCUGUCGUUUGAUUUUAUGGACCCACCUUCACCUCAAGCUCUUAUUUCUGCCAUGGAACAGCUCUACAGUCUUGGAGCUCUAGAUGAGGAGGGGCUUCUGACCAAAUUGGGCAGGAAAAUGGCAGAAUUUCCACUGGAACCUCCAUUAUCUAAGAUGCUACUUGCCAGUGUGGACCUUGGGUGCAGUGAUGAGAUUUUGACAAUCAUUGCAAUGAUUCAGACGGGGAACAUCUUCUACAGGCCCAGGGAAAAGCAAGCUCAGGCUGAUCAAAAGAGGGCCAAGUUUUUUCAGCCAGAAGGAGACCAUCUAACUUUGCUUGCUGUUUAUGAGGCUUGGAAGGCAAAGAAUUUUUCCGGACCGUGGUGUUUUGAGAACUUUGUUCAGUCUCGAUCCUUGAGGAGGGCACAAGAUGUCAGAAAACAACUUCUCACCAUCAUGGACAAGUAUAAAUUGGAUGUUGUUAGUGCUGGGAAAAAUUUCACGAAGAUAAGGAAGGCAAUUACAGCGGGUUUCUUUUUCCAUGCAGCAAGAAAGGACCCACAGGAGGGUUAUAGAACCCUAGUUGAGAACCAGCCAGUUUAUAUUCACCCAAGCAGUGCUCUUUUCCAGAGACAGCCAGACUGGGUCAUCUACCAUGAAUUGGUAAUGACUACAAAGGAGUACAUGCGAGAGGUUACAGUUAUAGACCCCAAAUGGCUUGUGGAAUUGGCACCAAGAUUCUUCAAAGUGGCAGAUCCCACGAAAAUGAGCAAACGGAAGCGUCAAGAGCGUAUUGAACCACUUUAUGACAGAUAUCAUGAACCUAACUCUUGGCGUUUGAGUAAACGUCGUGCUUGAUUUGUGCUUAAGCCUUCUAUUAGUGCUAACUGGUCCCAGAUUUCAUUUUGACAUUGCUUUUUGUUAUAAAUGUAGAUACUGUUUUUGUAUAAUUCUAUGAGGUGAUUUUUUACUA